AUAUGUGAUUAUUCCGUGAGUAGGCCCUAAUUAGGUUUAAUAGGCAAACGGAAACUCAUCAUACUUAGUACUCAUGUGGAGUUCAGUGUCAGAGACACCAUCCUCUUACACACGACACGUACGAUAACAGUAGAUGAUAAAUAAUAUUAGUAAGUAUCUAAAGAAUAAGAAGAAAUAUGAAAUAACUAGGUACCUACCUCUAUAUUAAAUGACGUUAGCCCAAAAAUACUACAGUUUAGUCAAUUAGUACUAUACCGCCCCCUAUUACAUUGGGACUAACAUACCACUCUGGCGAAAAGUGGGUGCAGCAAUGCACCUCUGCCUACCCCGCAAGGGAGUACAUUAGUACAAGGCGUGUGUGUGUUUUUAUAGUCAAUUAUAUCUAGUAAAAUAACAGUAAAAUCGAUGACAUCAAAAAUAAAAAUUGUAUGUAAUAAAGCAUGACACAUUAAUUUUUAUUCAUUAAAAAAUAAUAUAGUUAUAGAAUCUACAAAAAAUAAUUAUUUAUGCGGUUCUCACACUGCUGCAUGCUGGCAACAGCUAGCUUCAUGAAAUUUUUAAACCCAGAUUCGGUGUUGAAACCUCGCCAUAAACUUUAUUACACGAAUAAUAACUACGCACAAUUCUCACUGUAUCAACUACGAAAUUGUAGCCAUUUCAAUGGAAUUCUCGCUUUGUGAAGAGACCUAAUUUAAACAUUUUAUGGUCAUCAUUACAGACCUUGGUAUAUAAAUGUAAUAGUUUAAUGUAUUUCUAACACAUUAGUCUGUCAGUGUUGGUGUGAAAAUGUUUCCAUAUAUUUUUACAUACGUGUUCAUUGGUGUUUAUUUCACCUGUACAACGGGUACUUUGAUGAAGGAUGAAGAAAGGGUGAAGUUCCAUAAAACGAUACAAACGUGUGUGCAGCGGCAUCCGAUAUCGCCUGAGGACCAGGGCUCGCUGGUGAACUGGCAGAUAAGUGACACGCAAGAGGUUAAGUGUUUCAUCGCUUGUAUAUUUCAAGGGAUUGGUAUGAUUGAUGAAAAAGGCAGAUUCGAUGCUGCUCAUGUCAACGAUAUAACAAAACUUAUGAUGACAGAAGACGAUCCAGAUGUUCUACAGCAGACUCAAGAUAUUACAGAGUCUUGUAAAUAUGUGAACGAUCGUCACGCAGGAGAUCCCCAUGAAACAUGCGAGCGCGCCGCGUCUUUGUUCAGAUGUGCCGCAAAAUGGACGGGGAAAAAGGAUUCCUGAGUCAUAAAGACACCUAAAAGCGAAGAUAAAUUAUGUUUUUUUUUAUUUAUUUGUUGGUAGUAUGUACCAAACCUAUUAAACUUUAUCAAACUGU